AUGUCUGAUAAUAGAAGACGUAGACGUGAAGAAGAUGAUUCCGACUCAGAAAAUGAAUUACCGCCAUCUUCCCCUCAGCAACCUUUCAGAAGGGGUAUGGACCCUGUUUCCUCGCCUAUUGGUUCUCCAGAUAUGAUUAAUCCUGAAGGUGACGAUAACGAAGUUGAUGAUGUGCCGGACAUUGAUGAAGUAGAAGAAGGAAUGAACGAAGUCGAUUUGAUGGGCGAUGAUAUGUACGAGGACUAUGCGGCUGAUCAGAACAGGGAUAGGUAUGAUCCAGGUCAAGUUGAUGAUAGGAUACAGCAAGAGUUAUCUCUGAGCGAACGUCGCCGCAUUGAUGCUCAGCUAAAUGAAAGAGAUAGGCUACUAAGAAACGUUGCCUACAUAGACGAUGAGGACGACGAACAAGAAGGUGCCGCACAAUUAGAUGAGAUGGGUCUUCCAGUGCAAAGACGAAGAAGGAGAAGGCAGUACGAAGAUUUGGAAAAUAGCGAUGACGAUCUGUUAAGUGAUAUGGAAAUUGAUCCAUUGAGAGAAGAACUGACCUUAGAAUCUUUGAGUAAUGUGAAAGCUAAUAGCUACUCGGAAUGGAUCACCCAACCUAAUGUUUCAAGAACUAUCGCCAGAGAACUGAAAUCGUUCCUGCUGGAAUACACGGAUGAAACCGGUCGCUCCGUUUACGGUGCACGUAUUAGAACAUUAGGUGAAAUGAAUUCAGAAUCUUUGGAAGUUAAUUAUAGACACCUCGCUGAAUCCAAAGCUAUUUUGGCAUUAUUUUUAGCCAAGUGCCCGGAAGAAAUGUUGAAAAUAUUUGAUAUAGUUGCCAUGGAGGCGACAGAAUUACAUUAUCCGGAUUAUGCCCGUAUUCACUCGGAAAUUCAUGUGAGAAUUUCUGAUUUUCCAACAAUAUACAGUUUGCGUGAAUUGCGUGAAUCAAAUUUGACAUCUUUGGUACGUGUCACUGGUGUGGUGACAAGAAGAACAGGUGUUUUCCCUCAGUUGAAAUAUGUUAAAUUCAACUGCCUAAAAUGUGGCUCCAUCUUGGGUCCCUUCUUUCAGGAUUCUAAUGAAGAGAUUAGAAUUUCAUUCUGUACAAACUGUAAAUCAAAAGGUCCUUUCAGAGUCAAUGGAGAGAAAACGGUUUACCGUAACUACCAAAGAGUCACCCUACAAGAGGCACCAGGGACAGUUCCUCCGGGUCGUUUACCAAGACACAGAGAGGUCAUUUUAUUGGCUGAUUUGGUCGAUGUAUCCAAGCCAGGUGAAGAGGUUGAAGUUACAGGUAUCUACAAAAACAACUACGACGGUAAUUUGAAUGCAAAGAACGGCUUCCCCGUUUUUGCGACAGUUAUUGAAGCGAAUUCUGUUAAAAGAAGAGAAGGUAAUGCAGCAAAUGAAGGAGAAGAGGGUUUGGAUGUUUUCAGUUGGACCGAAGAGGAAGAACGCGAGUUUAGGAAAAUUUCUAGAGAUCGUGGUAUAAUAGAUAAAAUUAUAUCUUCUAUGGCACCAUCAAUCUAUGGCCACAGGGAUAUCAAAACUGCUGUGGCAUGUUCGUUGUUUGGCGGUGUUCCAAAAAACGUUAACGGAAAACAUUCCAUUCGUGGUGAUAUCAAUGUCUUAUUAUUAGGUGACCCAGGUACCGCCAAAUCUCAAAUCUUGAAAUACGUCGAGAAAACAGCCCACAGAGCUGUCUUUGCCACAGGUCAAGGUGCUUCAGCUGUCGGUUUAACUGCGUCCGUUAGAAAAGACCCCAUUACUAAAGAAUGGACCUUAGAGGGUGGUGCGCUAGUGUUAGCCGAUAAGGGUGUUUGUUUGAUUGAUGAAUUCGAUAAGAUGAACGAUCAAGAUCGUACAUCUAUUCAUGAAGCAAUGGAACAGCAGAGUAUUUCUAUUUCUAAAGCAGGCAUUGUUACGACGCUACAAGCACGUUGUUCAAUCAUUGCUGCAGCAAAUCCAAAUGGUGGUAGAUACAAUUCAACGUUGCCUUUAGCUCAAAAUGUUGGUUUAACUGAGCCAAUUCUCUCUAGAUUUGAUAUUUUAUGUGUCGUUAGAGAUCUAGUUGAUGAGGAGGCUGACCAGAGACUGGCUACGUUUGUUGUUGAUUCUCAUGUGAGAUCUCAUCCCGAAAACGACGAGGAUGAAGAAAAUGAAGCGCCCAAAGAUAAUGGUGAGUCGGCAAUAGAACAAGGUGAGGAUGAAAUAAAUGAGCAACUUACUGCAAGACAAAGGAGGCUUCAAAGACAAAGGAAAAAAGAAGAAGAAAUUUCCCCAAUUUCACAAGAAUUAUUAAUGAAGUAUAUCCACUACGCCAGAACCAAGAUUUAUCCUAAACUGCAUCAAAUGGAUAUGGAUAAGAUUAGUAGGGUAUAUGCGGACUUAAGAAGAGAAAGUAUUUCUACAGGGUCAUUUCCCAUCACCGUUCGUCAUUUGGAAUCCAUUUUAAGAAUCGCAGAGUCCUUUGCUAAAAUGAGGUUAUCUGAAUUUGUAUCAUCUUAUGACCUGGAUAGAUCUAUCAAGGUUGUGGUUGAUUCGUUCGUCGAUGCUCAAAAGGUAAGUGUUCGUCGCCAACUCCGGAGAUCUUUUGCUAUUUAUACCUUGGGUCACUAA